UCUGCGAGGGAGUGGUCAGGGCGGAGGGGGUGGCGCUGGAAGCGGAAGUGUGUCUCGGCUGAUCUCUCGCUGUUAUUCGGCCACGGUCGGUUCCAGGAGAGAGGGGCAGCCACAGCAGCGCACGCAAGGAAUUGGGCUGGCUCUGCAGGAGAGACACUCAGCGAGAAAAAAGACACCGAAAUCAAACGAACAAUGAACCCCAUCGAGUAAGGCUUGUAAAAGAACCGCGGCCGAAUAGAUCCCACACAUUGCCACGUUUAACAAAGCUCUUUGGUGAUACGGUCCAGAUCAGAGGCAGCGGAUAGAGAGCUGUGUCAUUGAGCAGGCAGGACACGUCAGGAGAAGGGAGAGAGAGAGAGAGAAAAAAAGCUGACCGACUGCACUGUACGAGUCAGCUUUCAAAUCGCCUCUGAAAAAGCUUUGCCUGUCGUACUCAUCUUUUCGAGGACACCACCUUGCUUUCAAUCCCAAAGGAAGGAUCUCGACAAAGACAUCGCCGAGGUCGAAAGGUGGUGAUCAGAAGGACCAAACGAUCACGGGAUAACAUUUGUGUGUGGGGGGAGAAAACAAAUGGGGGAUUACGGGUUUGGAGUCCUAGUUCAAAACAACACUGGCAACAAGUCUGCAUUCCCGGUCCGAAUCCACCCGCAUCUGCAGCCCCCACACCACCACCAGAAUGUGUCGCAGAGCCCUGCUGCUUUCAUAAACAGCACCACAGCCGCAGGGAAUGGCACCACGGGAGGCUCUCCCUGGCUCUUCCCUGCCUCUGCCACCCACAACAGCGUGCAAGACGAAAUCCUGGGGGGCCCAGAGAAGCCCAAAGCACAGCAGCAACAGGAAAUGCAGGAAACGCAAGAAAAGCAGCAGCAGUUGUCCCCUGGGAGUCACCAGGAGGGUGGAAGUGGUGGUGGGAUCAUUUCAGAACUGGAAAAAGCCCGGUCAGAGGAAGCCAAGACAGACAACGGCACAUCUGAAGGAAGUAACGGAAAGGAGAAGCAGCUACGUCUCGAGUCUCCAGUCCUGACAGGCUUUGACUACCAGGAGACAUCUGGUCUCGGGGGAACAGGCCCAGUCCAGUCCAGUACAACCUCGUCAUCACUUACUGGCUUCAACAACUGGUCGGCUGCCAUCCCGCCGGCACCAUCAACCAUCAUCAAUGAGGACGUCAGCUUCUUCAACCCGGCGUCUGCCAACAAUGGGCCCCUGCUGUUCCAGAACUUCUCACACCACGUCAGUCCAGGAUUUGGGGGGAACUUCUCCCCCCAGAUCGGACCAGCGGCAGCCUUGUCCCAGCACCACCCUGCUCCCCCGCCACACCCCCACUUCCAACAUCCCCACAACCAACACCAGCAGCACCGGCGCUCCCCAGCCUCUCCACACCCUCCACCGCCCUUUCCGCACAGGAAUCCGGCUUUCAGCCAGUUGCCGCAUUUGUCCAACAGCCUGAACAAGCCCCCGUCCCCCUGGGGUCCAGCCAGCUACCAGAGCCCCUCUCCCUCCCCUGGUUCCUCCACCUCCUGGAGUCCUGGAGGAGGCUAUGGUAGUGGUGGCGGUGGCUGGGGAGGGUCUCAGGGCAGAGAUUAUCGCAGGGGGCUGAACGGCGGGAUGACCCCCAUCAACUCUAUCUCUCCACUGAAGAAGACCUUCCCUAACAACCACGUGGCAUCCCAGAAGUAUCCUCGAAACAGUCCCGCCGGCUUCAACCCCAAGUCCUGGAUGGAUGAUGGAGUCGGCCGCAGUGAUAACAUCUUCCCCUUUCAGGAACGCACCAGGUCAUUUGACAGCUUCAACAUGAACACACUGGAGAGCUCCCUGAUCGACAUCAUGAGGGCUGAGCAGGACACCCUGAAAGGUCGUCUUGGGUUUCCCCAUCCAGGCGGGGACAACCCUCUGCCCCUCAAUGCCAGGAAUUAUAGCAGGAGACGAGGCCACUCUUCUCUCUUCCCCAUGGAGGAUGGUUUCCCAGAUGAUGAGCGUGGAGAUCAGGGUCUCGCGGGCCUGGGAUCUCCACACUGCUUUCCACACCAGAACGGAGAGCGUGUUGAACGCUACUCGCGCAAGGUCUUUGUCGGAGGACUGCCCCCGGAUAUAGACGAAGAUGAGAUAACAGCCAGUUUCCGGCGUUUUGGACACCUGUUUGUGGACUGGCCUCACAAAGCUGAGAGCAAAUCCUAUUUCCCCCCCAAAGGCUAUGCCUUCCUGCUGUUCCAGGAUGAGAGCUCCGUGCAGGCUUUGAUCGAUGCCUGCAUCGAGGAGGACGGCAAGCUGUACCUCUGUGUGUCCAGCCCCACCAUCAAAGACAAGCCGGUCCAGAUCCGCCCAUGGAACCUGAAUGACAGCGAUUUUGUGAUGGAUGGAUCUCAGCCCCUGGACCCGAGGAAAACCAUCUUUGUGGGAGGUGUCCCUCGUCCGCUCCGUGCAGUGGAGCUGGCCAUGAUCAUGGACCGCCUGUAUGGUGGCGUUUGCUACGCUGGCAUUGACACAGACCCUGAGCUGAAGUACCCCAAAGGAGCGGGGCGGGUUGCCUUCUCUAAUCAGCAGAGCUACAUUGCUGCUAUCAGUGCUCGCUUUGUACAGCUGCAGCAUGGAGAAAUCGAUAAACGGGUGGAAGUGAAGCCAUACGUACUGGAUGACCAGUUGUGUGAUGAGUGCCAGGGGACUCGCUGCGGCGGCAAGUUUGCACCGUUCUUCUGCGCCAACGUCACCUGUCUGCAGUACUACUGCGAGUACUGCUGGGCGGCCAUCCACUCGCGUGCCGGACGAGAGUUUCACAAACCCCUGGUGAAGGAGGGAGGCGACCGACCCCGUCACAUCUCCUUCCGCUGGAACUGAGCAGACAGCGAUGACGACUAGAGAGGGAGAGGCAACAGGAGGGCAGGUAGUGCAGGAGUCGCAAAUCAUUGUACAAAUAAAUGCACUUUUCUGUUGCUGGUUCCUUUUUGCUCUAAUUUCACCAAACCUUUUUCUCAUUUUUUUAAGUUAAUAUAUAUCUAUAUUUUGAAGAGAAAAGAAAAACUGGAAUUAUAUCCAAAUAUGUCCAGCAAGGAAAAAAGAUGUGUAACAUAAUUUUAUUUAUGCGUUUGAUUUUUGAAAUAUUUUUAUUAGUUCUCAAAAAAAAAAAUUACAUAUAUAGGAAAGUUUGAGGUGUGAUAUGGUACUCUGCUAUUCAAUUGGCAUAUUUUUCUAAACACUGUAUUUGAUUUUAGUAUUGAUACAAGAGGCCCCAAAACAAAUACUCUUCAUUUGACAUGUGAUUGACUUUUUUUGUAGCAGAGCUGUUGCUUUUUGUUUUGUAUCGAGUCUCCAGAGCAAAUGCUGUUGAAACAGUAUAUCAUUGGCUGGUUUAUUUCUGAGGGGUGCGAUUAAGUUUUCAAUUGAUAUGAGAGGCUCCAGAGUAAAUGUGAAUCGAAAAAGGUGUUGCUUAAGAAGAGUGCACUUAUUUCCAAUUUUAAAGAGUGCAGAUACACUAUAAGAGACCCUUAGUUGUCAACCAAAGCCGAAUCUUAAUUAACUUUGAAGAACAGAGAGGGCCCACUGUAGAAAGAAAUGGAUUCUUUUUUUUCCCUCCCAGAUCAAAAAUGUUUGAACCUCUCUUUUUAUGAUUUCCAAGACCAUACAAAUAUUUUGAUGUUACUUGAAAAUCACAACAAAAAUUUUAGCAACACAUAUUUGGGUUUUGAUCUCCAUUUUGACAUGCAAAAACUAAUACCUCAAUCUCAGCUGCUAAUGUGCCGAAUACAGGUUUAAAAAAAAGAAAGAAAGAAAGCAAGAAAGAUAUAAAACAUUAUCACCUGCUGAUGUUCUCCUUUCCUUAGAACUGUAAUCAAAGGGAAGUGAUGCAACAGGCAGAGUGUGAUGUGACUGGUACAGUUUUGUACUCACUUGCUUCAUCACCUCCUUAUUUUUGUAAUCAAACCCAGGGUUGUGCUAGGAACAGAGCAGAGCACCGUACAGUAUACAGUGUAUUAGGGGAAUGUAUGGCAUAGGGAGGCUACAGGAGAGACGGACAGGCUUAUUGGUGAAGAGAUAAAUCCAGCCCCACCCCCCCUCGUCAUGUCUGCCUGUGGCCUCUGCUGCUAAGCUAGCAGCUAACAGAGGGUUGGGUCCUCACUCACAGAUCAAAACCCACUGUCUUUGUCUGAACACAGUGGAGUUUGGAUACAGAUCUUUCAGGACUGAGGUUAAGGUAUCUCCUCGAGAGAAGGCUGGUGAAAGCGGCCGCCUUUUAUUGCAGUUUUCACGGGGCUACGGCCAAAUGGGAGUUGCCUGUCUUUGUUCGUUUUUUUUUUUUUAAUGCAUUUGUGCAAUUCUCCCAAGUCUUUAAUGAAAAAGUUCUACUUUGCAUCCAACAGUCAGCUACAUAUAAUGAAAGAAGCAAUUAAAAGUUUAUCCGAUUUCCUAAUCUUCAGCACACAUUUGAGUCAUGGAGGGAUCUGCCCUUAUGGCGAACCCUCUAUCCUUUCUCCUGCCAAGUUAAUCCAACUCAGCAUCCAGUGUUUUUGAAGCAUAAAUGAAGAUAGUCUCUGCAGUGUGCUCUACUACUACACACUUGUGACCCACAUGCAGUUUAACAACUAGAACGCCAGUCCAGUCUGUUGUACCCAGUGGCUUUUGGGAACCAAAGAUGGCUGUGCAGUAGUAGGGUCAUACUGUAGCUCAUUUCUUGUCAAGGUUUUUAUUCUUAUUUUCUUUUUCAUUUUCUCAAGGACAUUUUUCACAUAUAUAUAUAUUUUUCAAAAUCUGUCACUUCUACCCAGUUUUACUUAGCUGUCAAGCCCUGAUGGACUCCAGCAAACCAAAGAUUGGCCUUGAACAUGAUAUAUUUAUAUAUAUAUUUAUGUGUAUUUGACAGUGCAGUUAAAACCCAUUAGACCACCAGUGGAAAAACAACAGGGCUUGCAGACACACAGACACACAGACACACAGACACACACACACACACACACGUACACAAGGCCUCAUACUCUCCAUAGCUCAAAAUGGAGGUGCACACUGGUAGGCACUAGUUCUUUUUAUUUCAAAAAAGGUCUGUGUGUUUGGGAAAAUUUAACAUAAAGUGCACAUUCACAAGGCGAAAGUAAAACUAAUCCUCACAUUUGUUUGACGUUUUAGGUCACUCAGUGGCAUCCUACUAGCCGAGCAUUUAAAUAUGUCAGGGAGUUAGUACAGAAACUUGAUUAUACACACUAGUGAGAAUCCUCAUAUCGGCGUGGUGUAGUUGCACCAGUUUUGCACCCUGGACAUUGGUUUUGUGGGUGUGGUGGGUGAGCAUUUUAGAAGUUAAAACACUUUGUGAAGAAUUUGCUGUUAAAUGAGAUGAAAAAAAAAAGAUUAUUUUAUACAUGGCCUGCUGAUUUUUGGUACAGUGUUUUCUAGCUAAAUUAUUUUGUCAUGCACAUAUAAACAUUUAUUAUGCACUACUUUUCUAAAUAUUUUUUCUUUUUCCAACAGUCAUUUUAGGCACAUUUUUCACAAAUGGGGAAACUCCUUUUUGCAAUACCUCAAUUUUUCACAUUGUGAAAGGUAGCUUUUGUACUUUUGUUACUGAGAGAUCUGCAUAUAUGGAAAUGUUCAUUUUAAGAAAAAAAGUUGAGUGAUUUCAAUAUAUAUUAUUUUCAAUUAUGCUUUUUAUACAUUUCAGUGCUGAGGAAUCUUUACAACUAAGUGCGCACUUGUGUUGAUGCGACUUCAGAUCUGCAGAGGAGAGACCAAAGUGUAUCGCUCUCUUGGUCUUAGCUUUUCGUACACUAGAUGUUUCCAGUCAAUCUGGUCAAUAACAGCAUGGCGAGAGAAAAAAAAAUACAAGUUGUAAUUUGAAAUUGAUGUUAAUGUCUCUAAACAUGGCUAUACUAGUUGGAAAUGGUAACUUCUGUCUUGGUUUCCUCUCCGUAGAUGGAGUAUAACUUAUUAUAAGGAGAAUGCAAAAUUUGGUUCAUGCUUAAUGCUGAAUCUCGUAUCACAAGAAUGGAUGUUUGGUGUUUAGAUAUUUUAAUAUUUGAAAAAAGUAUAUAUAUAUUCUUGAACUUGCCAACUAGCACCUAUUGUAAUCCUUAGCAUGCAUGACAAAAAAGAGAAAAUGACAAGUACAUGAAUUAGCUAUUAAAAUUAAUUGUUGUGGUGUGCACCAAAUGUUUCUCAACUAUUAAGUUGUUAAGGACACCCCCCAAAACCCACUCUCACCUCACCCUCCUCCCCACUCCCCUCCACAUGUGUUGAUCUCCUCGCUUCCCCAUUCGCAGACCUCUGCAGGAUGCACAUGACAGAGAGAUAAGACGAGAAACAAGACAGAAUCUAACUUUAAAAUCGAUUUGGCAGUGCAUGACUUUGAGCAUCCUUAUAGAACACUGUUAAAAAGACUUGAGAACUCAUCCCCGCUGUCUGUCGAGGUGAUCUUAUUAUAGACCUAUCUGGAUGAAGGGGAGCUUAAAGACUUGAAUGUGGUAAAUGUUGCAAGUUAACUUCAAGUUGUUAUGUGCAAUACUUCUUUUGAACCUUUUUCCAGAUAAAGACUCUUUGCAAUGUAAUUCUUUAAUGCCAUUUUUAAUUGCAGACAUUUAAUUAAAGAAGAUGUUAAUAUGUUUUUCACAGUCAUUUUCUACUGUUAUUGUAAUCCUUUUCAUGCUGGUGUUUGUAAAAAAGAAAAGAAAUCAAACUAUUUGUACUAAUAUAAAUAAUUGAAGUUAUUUUUAAAACAUUAAAGGUUUUGUGCUCAUUUGCUUAUUUUGUUUAUUUUAAGCUACUGUGAUUGAUUGCAUUGUAAUUAUUAGGUCAACAAUGUAUUUAGCUGUUUAUUGGUAUAUUUUUAAUUGGAAUGUAUAAUUGAUUUUUAUAAUUUUGAUCAGAUUUUUGUUAUAUUUUUGAGGUGAAGCUUUUAAUAUGUUAAAGUGUCUAGUUUUUACUAAUUGCUAUAUUGUGCUCCACAAUAUAUGGUUCACAUUUUCUGAAGGAAAAUAAAUAUUUAAAUAUUUGUCUGUUAAUGAUGUUACUUAAUGGCAAGAUUUCAAUAGUUUUUAACUGUGUAUGGGAAGGUUGUUGUAUUUAUUAAUAGCAUUUUUUACUUAAGAUAUCACCUUAAUUUUUAUUGUCAUUUCACUUUAUAAGUUCCUAUUUUUGUAUUUUCCUUUCUAAUUAAGUUAUGUAAUACGGAUAUGUCCAUAUUUCUAGGAGUUGGUCUGUAGAAGUGCUAGUGAAACGAAAAAGAAAAAUCUAAUGUUAUUUAAUUGUUUGCAGCCAACUAUUUAUAACAGUAUGCAUAAUUUUUAAAUAUUUGUAAUGUGAAAUGUUGAAUGAAAUAAAUCUUAACUGUGAUGAAAA